UUCGAUCACUGGCAAACGCGCUAGCGGGAGCACCCUACUCUCAACUACCAAAAUAUGUCAUUGCACGCGUACCCAUCCAUUGGGUCUUGGUGCUUGACCAGCCAUACAACUCGCGCUCACCCUAUCGGAUUGUUGACAUCCCAAAGACUCAUCAGACGGUGCAGAUGGCUAAAGCGACGCUUAUCGCGGACCAGCAUUCACGAACGUGCAAGUUGUCCUUAAUUCUGGCUGUCUAUCUCCUCCUGAAUGCGUGCAUUCAUGUAUCAUUUGAAGCUGGCUCAGUCGAGCUGGGCCGUCACCUCGUCCUAUUCUGA